AAGAAUGAAGAGUAAUAAGGGAAGUGGGAGAAAGACAGAGAUAAAAGAGAGAGAGGGAGAAUAAGAGCGAUAACUUGAAAUAUAGAAAAGAAGAGAGAACGAAAGAAAGACACAAAGUGCGACAGAAGAAAAAAAGAGAGGGAGAGAGAGAAAGAAAGAUAUAUAAUCCAACAAGAAGAUGGAUCAUGGUGAGGGCGAUCUUCGUGGUAAACCUCUGCCGUCGUUAUCGUCCGAAGAUAGUUAUUCCGUCACCAAAGAGGCCAUUAGUAAUAACAACAACAACAACAACAGCGACAAUGUUAUAACUACAGAGGCCGCUAAAACCAACGAUCACGACAACAACAACAACAAUAACAACACUAACAGUGGCCCCGGGGUGAUAACAGCAACAGCAGCAGAUGACGAAGACGAUGAACCGGUGGCACCGAAGAGACGGAGAAGCGAACCCGUAAAUUCCAGAGACAGCAUGAUUAUUAAUACUAAUUAUACGACAGAUUGUUAUGAUGACAUGUCAACAAUAACAACAAUUACAACAGCAACAGCAGCUUGUACGGAGAUUGUCGAAACUGGUGCAAUGACCACCGAUUCCGUUCAAAAUACUGACGACAGCAAAAGUAAUCAUCUAUUAACGAGUUCGAUCUCGACUGUAAGUAUUACCGAUAAUAAACACUCUCAGAACCAACAAGAACAAAAACAACAAGGUCGCGGUAGUGUGGAAGAUGAAGAAAAUGAUGUUAUUUCUGAUGAUAAUAAUAAUAAUAAUAGUAAUGAUGAUGAUGAUGAUGAUAAUAGCAGCAUCAAUGAUAGUAUGUCGACCGGCGGUGUAAGAACUUCUUACGAGACAAUGAGCGAUGGUGGUUAUGUUGUUGGUGGUGAUGAAAGCAAUGCCGAUAGUGAAAAUAACUUCUCUCGUGUGUCGAUCGCCGCUGCCGUAACGACAUCACGACGACAACAACAGCAGCAAGAAACACAACAAGAGGCUGCCGUUGCAGCCUCUGCCGCCGCCACCACCGCCACCGUAAACGACAUUGCCGACGAUGAUACUUUCACCGCCGCCGCCGCCACCAACACGACCACUACAACCAUCACUCAUAACACUUCCACUUCCCGUGCCUCAACCUUCUCUUCUUCUUCUACUUCCUCCUCCUCCUCGUCCUCUCGUGUCGUCGCUAACAACGCCGACACUGCUCUUCUAGCUGUCACUUCCCCUCCUUCCCCAUCCACCUCGUCUUCGGCCGUCCUUGCCACCGCCAUCAUCAUCAACAACGACGUAGUCGCUGCAUCUUCCUCUCACUCCACUCACCAUUCCUCUUCCACUCCUCUCUCUUCUCCUCCUCCCUCCCUCACCGCCGCCGUCAACACCAACAACAACGCAGUCACUGCUGACUCUUCCCCUUCCGCUUCCCCCUCCUUCUCCGCUUCUGUCCCCGUCCACUCCAUCUCUAACAACAAUAACGCAGUCGCUGCUUCUUCCUGUGCCUUUUCCUCUUCCUCUUCCUCUACUCUUGCCGCUACCACCGCCGCUCCCACCACCAUCACCACGACCGACUCUGCCUCCUCAUCCCUUUCCUCCCUCACCACUGCUUCCACCAUCGUCACACACUCUGCCAGCGUUGCCGCCUCCGUCAGCAGCAUAAGCGCGAUCGCUGUCGACACGGCUGCCUCUUCUUCCCCUGCCGCCUCCUCCUCCACUUCUUCUUCCACUUCUCCUGUCGUCGUCGACAACACCACCACUACCACGAACACCACAGCCAGCACCACCACCAUCAGCAGCACUAUCAACAGCGACGCCACUCCUACCCGCAACAUCUCCGCCUCCUCCUCCUCCUGCGUUACCGUUGCUGCUGCUGCUGGUUCCGCUGACGGAUCGGCGAUAGUAAAGUCGGCGGGAUUAACUUGUAGUGCAAAGGACAAUACCGCCUCGAACGGUGGUGGUAGUUGUAGUCACCUUAACAACAACAACAACACUAGUACUACUACUGCUACUACUACUACUACUACUGCUACUACUAUUAUUGGAAGCCGUACCUCUUCUGCUUCUUGUUCUUCGUCUUCUUCUAUGGCGGACGGUGAUGGUGGAGUCGAAGGAGGAGGUGCGAACCUGGCAACGGGUGCCGCUGCCUCGUCGUCAUCAUCAUCAUCAGCAACAACAUCAUCUUCCACUGCCAGUAGUACAGAUAUGCAACAACAGCAACUGCAGCAGCAUCAACAACAACAACAACAAAACACGGUGGACAAACAACAACAACAGAAAGCAGUGGCCGGAGCGGCCGUAGCGACAACGACAUCAUCCUCCUCCUCCGCCGCCAUCAUCGUGACAGGAGGUGGUUGCAGUGCUUCUGUGCUGGCGGCCGACACUACGACUACGCCUGGCGUCGUUGUCGUGGGAGGAGCGGGCGAAGUAGUUGUUGCUGACCUGACAGCAACGGGCUCGCCGUCGCCGCCGACACCACCGGCACAACCACCACCACCACCACAACAACAACCACAAAAACAACAGCAACAACCACAAAAACAAGCGGCAUUGUCGUCGUCGACAUUAACAGCGUCCACAAGUUCGCUCUUGUCGGCGACGGAUGCGACGGAUGCGACGUCGCAACUAUCAGCAUCAUCAUCAUCAUCAUCAUCGUCGUCAUCAUCAUCAUCAUCUGCACCACUAUCAGCAGCAGCAUCAUUGUCGUCGCCGACGUUGACAAUGACACUUGCGGCCAAACCAACGGACGAUGGGGGUGAAUGUGCAGGAUCAAGUACCAAUAGGCACCACCCCCAUCAAUCCCAACAACAACCACAGGAUCAAAACUCUACCACGACGACGACCACCACCACCACCACCACCACCGCCGCCGCCACUACCACCGCCGCCGCCGCUGUCAGCACCAUCACCCCCACCACCACCACAACCACCACAUCUAGUACCACCACCACUACCACCACUACUACUAGCAGUGCUAUAACCACUAAUAUUAACAACAACAAUCAGAGCCUAACUCAACAACAACAACAACAACAAGCGGCUGGCAUGGCAUGUACCAUGUGCGGGUCAGGAUUCAAAGAACAAGCCCCCAAACUUUUACCUUGUCUACAUCAACUUUGUGAUACGUGUUUGAAGAAUGUCAAGUCGGACUCUGACUGUUUGAAAUGUCCAACAUGUUCCAUGGAAUUCCCAGGAGCAGCUAUCAUAAACAACGAAUUCUACCUGGAGAGUAAAAUCAAUUCUAAUGAAGAGACUGAAGAUGUCAGUUUUUUGUGUACUGCAUGUGAGGAGGGUGACUCAGCUACAUCCUUCUGUGGAGACUGUGGAGAAUGGCUGUGCAAGCAAUGUGUGCAAGCGCACAAAAGAGUCCGAGUUACUAAGGACCACACGGUGGUCACAAAGGAGGAGGCAAUUCGUAAUCAGAACAUCAGCAGUGAAAAGACUGUCUAUUGUAAAUUGCACAAGCAGGAACCCCUUAAGUUAUUCUGUGAAACCUGUGACAAGGUAACCUGCCGAGACUGCCAGCUUCUUGAACAUAAAGAACACAAGUACUUAUUUGUGCACGAGGCAUCCAACAAGGAGAAGCAGAUUCUUAAUCAGCUGUUGAUGAAAGCUAAAGAAAAGCAGGGGCAGAUAAAGCAAGCUAGGCAACUUCUCAAACAGAGACACACAGACAUCCGGGAUCGGGAGCAGAUCGUCGUCUAUGAAAUCAAGAGCCUCGGGGAGAAGAUAACCCAAGAGGUGAUGAGGCGGCUGAAGAACGUUAUGUCUGAAUUAGAUUUUGCCUGUCGGCAAAAGAAGGACCACUUGGUAAAGCUGACCAACGAAGUGAACUACUUGGAUGACAGGACAACACACUGUGUCGCUUUUGUGGAAGAUGCCAUUAAGACUGGCAGCAGCCUGUCGCUGUUGUAUACCAAAAAUUACAUGAAGAAGAAUUUGAAGAAAUUAAUUGACUCGCCCUUGCGCGUCCCUCACCCAAAUCAUAAAGUCGACAUCCAGUUUACAUAUAAUAUUGAUGACCUUGUAGUUGCCAUCAAAUCUCUGGGCUCGCUACAAAUUGAUGGCCGGCAUUACGGUAAGCUCCCGAUGAUGGUCGCUGCCGCAGCCGCCGCAGCCUCCGCCUCUUCAAACCAGGGUCAGGAGGGCAGCAGUCCCGUUAUCACUAAGGCUACCAGCGGACAGCCACUGGACAAUCGCUACUACGUUGGUCCCAUAUCGACAGACCACCAGCGAAUACUCAUGCAAAAGCUGCAUGAAAUGCAGAGGAAAACUCAACAGCAGCAGCAGCAACAACAACAACAACAUCAACAUCAACAACAACAGCAACAGCAGCAGCAGCAACAGCAGCAGCAGCAACAGCAGCAGCAGCAGCAGCAGCAGCAGCAGCAACAACAACAGCAAAUUUCUUCUUUAAAUAAUCUUCAAUCAAGUAGUGGAUCUAGUAGUAAUGGUCCCCAAGUGUCUAAGACCUUGUCAAAUGGACCUAGUAGCAGUCUUAAUGCGAACGCCCUUGUCAAGACUAACUCUGUUUAUUACCCACCAUCUGGUGUUCCUGCUGGACAAUUUUCCACACACCCUAGGUAAGUGCAUUUCUCUUAUCAUUAACAGAUACCCCACUCUCCAAAAAAAACAAAAACAAAAAAAAAAUAUGCAUUACAUCUUAAAUCUGUGCUUGCUUCAGCCAUGCUGGGAUCCAACUUUGAGGGGGUUUAGCUGAAUAAAUUGAGCCCAGUACUUCUUUUUCUUUUUCAAAGUCUGGUUCUUAUUGUAUUGGUUUAUUUUGCUGAAGUUACUCAACUUUUGUUGAAGAAACUGACACUGGCGGUCAGGUUGGUGGCAGUAGAGCAAACACUCGGACACACGUCAUAUACAUUGCUAAAAAAAUUUACAAUGCCAUCCGCAAAAAAGACUGUCUAAAAAUCCCUCUUUUAUGGAAUACAUUCAUAAACACCAACUCAAAGAAUACUGGUGGAAUAUAUUUCCAUCAAAACUUCUGUCAGAUGUAAACAUAACAGGCAGGAUAUUGUUGUUUGGGACAGAAGGGGCAAAAGUAUGUACCAUCAUAGAGGUCAGCUGCCCUGCAGAUAUAAAUAUUUCUUUGAAAAUCAAAGAAAAAGAGGAUAUCUUUGAACAUCGGCUUCGAAACCUGCACCCUCUAUAUCCAAACUAUGAAUACAUAUUCAUACCAAUAAUAAUUGGAGCGCUAGGUUUUGUUAGUAAAUGCUUAAAGGAGAAUCUGGAUAAACUGGGAUUUUCAGAAAGAGAAAUCGACCGGCUUAUUCGUACAAGUACAAUCUGAGUGGAACAGUAAAAAUAUGCAAGACUUUUUCUCAAGUUCCAAAUGUGAAUUUGUUUGUAUUAACUACAUCCCAAAGAUAGAGCCUUGUAUCUUUGUUGCAAACUGGCUCCCUCCUCGGUGGGAGAUUUAUAAUAAUUAAAAAAUAGAACACACACACACACACACACACACACACGACUUCCACACAAUUUCUAUCUACCAGACUCACUCGCAAGGCAUUGGCCAACCCGAAGCUAUUGUAGAAGACAUUUAACUCCCUUUGUUACCAUUUUUCUGUUUGAAAACACUCACUGUGUUUCAAUUAAUUUUGAAAAUCACGAAGAAUUUAGUAAAAUAAUAUUGCCAUUAUAAGUUGGUGUUUGGAGUAUAAAUUAACAUGAAAUUUUGAUGGGGAGUUUUUAAUAACCGGGAUCACUUUUAAGCAUGAAGCUUAUAUCAUAAAACUAACCAAGGGCAGUCUCAGGCGGAUUGGUAUCAAAAGGUUUAAAGUGCUGUUGCAGUACAGUUGAACCUGAAACCAUUUUGUCGCAAAGAAUACUUAGCCACACAACCAUGCUUGUGGGGGAGGGGAACAACAAAAAAAACAAAGCAGCCAACUGACCAACUAAACCAAGAGGUAAACUAAAUUACAAGCAUAGUCAAGAAACAUGAUAACAAAGCCAACUAUUCACAAGGCCUGAAAAGAGUCACAAAUGGAAAUAUAUUAGAACUGUAUCUUUUUAAUGAUAAUUAAAAUUCUAAUAUUGGUUCAUUUGCUAUUGGAUUUAAUCUCUCCCCUUUAUGAUAGGUCCUCUAUGUGGUAGUUCUGACCAUUAAAAAUAGCAGCUCAGUGUACCUCAAAUCAUAUCAUGUAUCUUCAGAAGUUGGAUGCAUUCGUUGAUGAAGUCCGGGGUGACAAACAAACACAAGUGCUUAGAGAAAAAUAUGAAAUGGUCAUAGCACGAUAAGUCUUUGAUUGUAAGUCUGAGGUCUGCUUGAUCAGAGC